CAUCGACCCAAUUAUCAUUUUCCUGAUUGUUCAGAGAGCUCUGGCACAUCCCACUUCAAUGCAAUCAGUCAGUGAGCUUUGAUGCAUGUAAUGGUUUAACUCUCGUUCUGAAUUAAUGAUAAAACUGACAGUUGUAGAUAACACUUUUAAACCACUCAACUUUACGACUUUUGUGUUCUAAAAAUUCUGUUCAUAUCCUAGUCUUUUAAAUUCUGUUAAUAAUUCGGAUAUUUUAAACUUUAAAAUCAGUAAAAAUGGGCAUUGUUUUGUAUGGAAUGGACGCCAGUCCUCCAUGUGCUGCAGUUCGUUUGACUCUUGGCCACUUGGGAAUAGCAUUUGAUUCAAAAUUAGUGGAAUUGUCUACCGGUGACCACCUAAAACCUGAAUUUAUAAAGAUAAAUCCACAGCAUGUUGUACCUACUAUGGAUGAUAAUGGCUUCAUUCUCUGGGAAAGUCGUGCCAUCCUGGGUUAUCUGGUGGAUCAGCAUGCACCAGGCAACUCUCUCUAUCCUAAAGAUCCCAAAGAGAGGGCCAUCGUAGAUAGGCUGUUGUACUUUGAUAUCGGCACUCUAUACAAAGCCAUAGGUGAAUAUUUGUAUCCGGUACUUUUCUUUGGACAGCCAGAAUAUGACUCUGAAAAGAAACAAGCCAUCGAUAAAGCAUUGGGAUUUCUGGAAGGAUUCCUCGGCAAGACUUCAUAUGUUGCUGGCAAUCACCUAACUAUUGCAGAUUUUUCUAUUGCCGCAAGUCUAAAUUUUCCUUAUGUAAGUAUUUUCACCUGUCAGUGUAUUUUGAUUUUCUUUUUGUCGCAAGUCUCAAUUUUCCUUCUGUAAGUAUUUUCACCUGUC